UUCUUCAUUGCUUGCUGAAUGUUUCGCCCUCAUCUUAAACCAUUUUAGACUAAGUCUUUAUUCCCUAUUGUUUUAUUUCAUUUUUGAACCCGUUUUGCUCUGGAUAGGCGGAGGGGGGGGGGGGUCGCAUCCACACCUGGCGCGCGCCUUGCUUGCCAAAAAAAAAAGUCGCGCACAUCUGGACGCAGGCGAUCGGAGAAACUUUGCGGCGCCGCAGGUGAAAUGCACUAGCCGUGUGAUCGCACUGGACGAGUAGCGGGCGGUGGGAAUGAAAUUCGAGGUUCGAAUGGACGGGACGCGCUGGAGAGAACGCACCUCAUGGUUUCCGCUGCUGUGUUUGUUCGUUCUCCUCGCAUCAUGCGAAGUGCACGCGGGCGGUAAGAAGUACAGCGGACCAUGUGGAGGCAGAGACUGCAGCGGAGGUUGUCAAUGUUUCCCAGAGAAGGGUGCAAGGGGCCAGCCAGGUCCCCUUGGACCCCAGGGUAAUGAGGGCCCCCCAGGGCGCAUCGGAGAACCUGGAAUUCAAGGACCCAAAGGAAUGAAGGGCAAUCCAGGCAUCAGUGGUGUACCUGGACCAAAAGGAGCUGUGGGCGCAACUGGUGUGCCUGGUUUUGCUGGACUGGACGGUAUCCCUGGUCACCCAGGACAGGCAGGGCCAAGAGGGAAACCAGGUGCCGACGGCUGUAAUGGAACGAAGGGAGAUGCGGGGUUGCCAGGGGUACCUGGCUUUAAGGGCCUCGCCGGCUCCCCAGGUAUUCACGGUGUGAAGGGUGAGAAAGGAGACCCCCUGGAGAUUAGUGUGUAUAUGGAGCGGUUCAAAGGUGAAAAAGGUGCCGACGGAUUCCCAGGAUUUAUAGGUCCUCAGGGCAGCCCAGGUUCGAUGGGCCCGAUGGGCUUUGUCGGACAACCGGGUCCCCCUGGUUUCCCUGGACCCAAAGGCCCACGAGGCCCGAUGCCACGGAUGCUGAAAGGAAUCAAAGGAGAUGCUGGAGACGCUGGAGACCCAGGCCCCCCCGGGAACUUCACGUCCACGUUCCCCCACACCUCUGGGAAGCAUGACCUAAAGGGGAGCAAAGGAGAGAGGGGCCCAAAAGGUGAACAUGGAGAUUUGGCCGAUAACAGAGGUGAAACUGGUGUCAUGGGAUUUCCUGGUCUACGGGGACCCUCUGGUAUCGAUGGAGAGCCUGGAACGAGGGGAGAUCCAGGGGAAACAGGAGUGCCCGGAAGGAACGGAGUCAAGGGUGAAAGGGGAGAACCAGGAGACGUAAUAUUGCUGGGGGGUUCUGGAAGAGUCGGGCCACCAGGACCUCCAGGAGAACUUGGCCCCGAGGGGCCACCAGGGGACCAAGGUGUAAAGGGUGACCAAGGCCUCCCAGGACUUCCAGCCCACUUCACUGAACAACAGCAAACUUACCUCUUUGGCCCGACCGGCUCUAAGGGCAUAAAAGGGGCCAAAGGACUACCGGGUGAGCCUGGAGAACCUGCUUCAGUCUCUGGGCCACCAGGUUUGGACGGGCCGCCUGGAUUUCCAGGACCACCAGGACAGAAGGGAUCUUGGGCGAUCGCACGUCAAGGGCCACCAGGUGGAAUUGGACGACCGGGACUUGCAGGGUUAAAAGGUCAGAAAGGUGAUGCAGGUCCCUGCCAGUGUCAGGCUGUCGAGUCCCCUGCGGGAUCCCCUGGUCCAGUGGGUGACCAAGGUCCACUAGGAGUGGCAGGAGAGUGGGGGCAGCCUGGAGACUUAGGGCUCCCGGGACCACUGGGAGAUCCUGGACUCAUUGGUUUUCCUGGUAAUCCAGGCCCUCCUGGACCCAAGGGCAGGAAAGGGGAGAUUGGAGUAGCCACCCAGAAAGGAUCUGUGGGUGACCCAGGGGACCCUGGCGUGCCAGGUGAGCCAGGAGAGAGGGGUCAGCCGGGACUUGCUGGUCUUCCUGGACCGCCUGGGUAUCCGGGCCCUUCUGGGGACAGGCCAGUUGGACCCAAAGGAGAUAAAGGUGUCCCAGGGAUUUCUGGUGAUCAAGGCUAUCCUGGGCCGCAAGGAGAACCAGGUCGGGCGCUGAGUAGCGAGAAAGGACUGUCAGGUGUUCCUGGAGAUCCGGGAUUUGAUGGUCACAGAGGUGCUCCAGGUCCCCAGGGCCCUCAAGGAGGCUGUGAUCUGGAAGGAGAUGAAGGACAAAAGGACGUAGCAGGAGAGUGUGAACCAGUGCUAGGGCCACCAGGUGAAUCUGGACUUCCUGGAUCUCCUGGACUGGAUGGUUUCCCAGGUCAGCCUGGUCUUAAAGGAAUGCCUGGAUUGCCUGGGGAGGAAGGGGCCAAAGGUGAAAGAGGAGAGCAAGGAAAUGGAGGGGCACCUGGGGUACCAGGGUUUGUAGGGCCUCGGGGUGGUGAAGGUGAACCUGGCUUCAAGGGACAGAAAGGUGCGUUCGGUGUCCCAGGUAGGCUAGGCCGAGACGGAGAAGUUGGACCAAAGGGUCUUCAUGGUGAAAUUUUUGGAGCAUCACCUGGGCCACUUGGAGAACCUGGUCCUCCUGGACUCCAAGGGAGUAAGGGCAUCACUGGAGACCCUGGACCUCAAGGAUACCAAGGGAAGGAUGGCAUGCCUGGUAUCCUUGGGCCAAAGGGUCAAAUGGGUUACCCAGGCUUGCAGGGAGAAGUAGGGAAAAUUGGCCCACCAGGACUGUAUGGUUUCCCUGGAGCACCUGGAUAUAAAGGACCCCCAGGCCCUCAGGGGGUAAUGGGUGAAUCAGGUUUACCUGGAGAAAGAGGACUUCAGGGUGACCCAGGGCCACCUGGUCCAGUAGGGAUGAAGGGCUCGCCAGGAGAGGUUGGCAGCUGGGGUCCAAAAGGUGGUGAUGGGGAAUCUGGAGAUCCGGGAGAACUGGGAACUGUUGGCUAUAUUGGUGUUACAGGACUCAAAGGUGCCAAAGGCUCACAUGGCAUGACAGGGUUCAAAGGAAUGCAAGGCCACAAGGGCCUAACAGGCAUUUUAGGGCAAAAAGGCGACAUUGGUUUACCUGGGAUCCCCGGAGAGAAAGGACUCAUGGGGAUGGAGGGUGAGAAAGGUGAUCGAGGACCUCCUGGUCCUCCGGGACAGAAGCCAUAUAUUCCAGUAAUAUAUAAAGCCAAGAUGAAGGGGGACAAGGGUGACCAUGGGUUCCCAGGAGACAAGGGCUUCACAGGGCCCAGAGGCACCAAAGGAUCUCAAGGCAUACCUGGCUGGGCCGGUUCUGACGGCAUGCCAGGAGACCCCAGCACCGAAAAGGGCGUUCAGGGUACUCCUGGGGCAGAGGGUUUGCCAGGCUCCAAGGGACUGCCAGGACCACCAGGUUCACCAGGAAUCAGAGGUUUUCCCGGUAUGCCUGGUCCCAGGGGGGAUAAAGGAACUGUGGGGGCUUAUGGUCCAACAGGGGAACACGGUUUGCAGGGAAGCAAAGGUGAUCCUGGCACUGUCAUGAACAUUCCUGGCUUUCCAGGCUUAAGAGGUGAAGAUGGCCUAUCUGGCCUGCCAGGUGCCAAGGGAGAAUCUGGCCAGCCAGGAGACCGAGGCAGUGCAGGUUUUGAUGGCAUCGAGGGCAGGAAAGGGGAGUUGGGAACUCCUGGCUCAGAGGGAAUUCCUGGCUCUAAAGGAAUGAAGGGCUUCCCUGGGAACCAGGGAGAGAAGGGUUUCCCUGGGUUUCCAGGACAACCUGGGACAGAUGGGGCAUCAGGCCUUCCUGGACAGAGAGGUUUUCCCGGUCUCAAGGGUAUUUUUGGGUUGCAUGGCUUGAAAGGCCAGAAGGGCAUCACUGGAAUCCCAGGAUUGGAUGUCGAGGGAGCUUCAGGUUACUCAGGAGUCAAGGGCACGAAAGGAGAAUCUGGAAUCCCAAAUACAGAGACUGGACUUCCAGGACUGCUAGGUGAAAAGGGGCCUUUAGGAGAUUAUGGUGACCAAGGUCCAGCUGGACCCCCAGGAUUCCAGGGGGCCCCAGGACCACCGGGUACUGAGGACCAACAGGGCUCCAGUGGUGAUUCUGGCUUCCCAGGGCCAAAAGGAUAUAAGGGUUUUCCUGGUACACAAGGUUGGCCUGGGAUACCAUCACCAGUAGGUGCAAAAGGAGAGCGUGGUCUACCUGGACUGUUUGGGUUGCCAGGUCUGAAAGGCCUCCAGGGAGACCAAGGGCAGCAAGGCAUCUCGGGCCCAAGUGGAGUGACUGGGGUCAAAGGUGCAAAGGGAGAAAUUGGGUACAUGGGAGCUCCUGGAAGGUCAGGCCUAAAAGGUGACAGGGGACCUCAGGGUCCAAAGGGAAACACUGGACUCCCAGGUGUCCCUGGAGUCCCUGGAUCUCCAGGUCCUGUCCCCAUACCACCCAGACUGGUUGGUGAGAGGGGUCCACCUGGUCUUCAAGGGAUCCAGGGGCCAAAAGGAAGGCCUGGAGAAAAUGGCCCUCAGGGACCACCUGGAGACCCAGGGUUUACUGGACCGCAGGGGGACAAAGGUAUGCCUGGAGUAAGUGGGACACCAGGUACACCAGGGUACCAUGGUGAUCAUGGACAGCGUGGACAUCCUGGUCUCCAAGGCCUUGAAGGACAGCCAGGCCGGCCUGGUGUUCCUGGACCCCCCGGGAUGCCCGGCCGCAGCGUAAAUGUGGGAUACUUGCUGGUGAAGCACAGCCAGUCAGAGGAUACACCCAUGUGUCCCGUGGGCAUGGCCAGCCUAUGGGAGGGUUUCAGCUUACUGUACUUCGAGGGCCAAGAGAAAGCCCACAACCAGGACCUAGGCUUGGCUGGGUCUUGCCUCCCCCGCUUCAGCACCAUGCCCUUCUUGUACUGCAACCCUGGAGAUGUUUGCUAUUAUGCCAGCCGCAAUGACAAGUCCUACUGGCUGUCUACCACUGCACCUAUUCCUAUGAUGCCCGUGGAGGAGGCAGACAUCAAGCCCUAUAUCAGCCGCUGCUCUGUGUGUGAAGCACCUUCGGUGGCCAUCGCAGUCCACAGCCAGGACAUCACCAUCCCACGAUGCCCUGAUGGAUGGCGUAGCUUGUGGAUUGGCUACUCCUUCCUCAUGCACACAGCGGCAGGUGAUGAGGGUGGUGGCCAGUCCUUGGUGUCGCCAGGAUCCUGCCUGGAAGACUUCCGUACUACACCAUUCAUCGAGUGCAAUGGAGCUAAGGGCACCUGCCACUACUUUGCCAACAAACAGAGCUUUUGGCUGAGUUCUAUUGACCAGACCUUCCAGAGCACACCAACAUCUGAAACGCUAAAGGCAGGCCAACUCCUUUCCCGGAUCAGCCGAUGCCAGGUAUGCAUGAAGAAUCUGUGACCACCUCCCACCCCCGGACUUUCAUGGCUGAGGAGUGAAAAUGCACACAAGUGACAAGGGGUCAGCAGGACUCAAGUCAAAAAAAAAAAUGUAGGAAGUUUCCUGCACAUUGAAAUGGUGCUUAAGUUAUUACCUCAGCUGCAUUUUUAAAUCUGUUUAUCAAUAAUCUCGAGAACAUACAGCCAAACCAAAGAAUGCCCAUGAGUUAUGCACUGCUUAUGAUUUUUUUUCUGUUGUUGCUUACUAAAUUGUAGCAGUACUCAGUAUUGCAGCAGCACUAACACUGUCCCUCU